CAUCAGGUCUUUGAGUUGAAGAACUAACCAUGAGUGGAAGAGGAAAGGGCGGCAAAGGACUCGGUAAAGGAGGCGCCAAGCGUCACCGUAAAGUUCUCCGUGAUAACAUCCAGGGAAUCACCAAACCGGCGAUCCGCCGUCUGGCUCGUCGCGGUGGAGUGAAGCGUAUCUCCGGUCUGAUCUACGAGGAGACCCGCGGUGUGCUGAAGGUGUUCCUGGAGAACGUGAUCCGUGACGCCGUCACCUACACCGAGCACGCCAAGAGGAAGACCGUGACCGCCAUGGAUGUGGUGUACGCGCUGAAGAGACAGGGACGCACUCUGUACGGAUUCGGCGGUUAAACUCCACGCUCCGCUGUUAGCAGACAACCAAAGGUCCUUUUAAGGGCCACCACAUGUUCUAAAAAGCAAAGAGUCCUCAUAUCAUUUCUGCGUAAUUAUUACAUAUCAUCUUGUGACUAUUAUUAGAAUACAGAUUAUUUUUAUAAAUGUAAAGGGUGCCACAAAUUGAGUAAAAUUAUGUUUUAACAUCUUAA